AUGGAGCGAUCUUGCCAGGUUUGUUUGAAGCGGAGACCAUGUAUUUACCUGUAGACAGGUAGUGGCUUGUAACUUUCUCCAGAUUACUAAAGAGGGAAGGCCUAGUUUGAGAUACUCAGAGCUGAAUUAAACUUCCUGUCCCACCGCCUGAAUCUAUUUUUAACAUCGCAUGCCGAGGUUCUCUGAAUUCUAUGCCAUCAGUCGAUGCAUUCUGUAUAUGUUAUUGACAAAGAGCGAAUUCAGAUUACAUCACGGUCAUUGAAAUGCUCAGUUUGCGGCAUCUCUUUGCAUGUGUGGUAAGCAGAGCAUGUACAGGGUGGCCUUACCAGCUGCUGUCCAUCGAGGAUUCCUCUAAGGCUUAGAGUCUAAGCCCAUUACGGCUUUAUUUCACUAGUUCCAGGUUCCUGAAUUAUCUAUAAAGCACCAACAUGUUCUGUAGCGCUGUAUGCUGCAAUGCACCGUGUUAACUGCUUGCUGUGAAUUGGUUGUCCCUUUUCUGGUUAAUUAUAGCUUCUGUAAGACACCUGUCAUGGCACUCCUCAGAUCCUUUCUGUAUGUACCUCAUGGUCGUAGGCAGCUCUGUGUAGUGAAUAGCUUUGCACCAACACUGCACAGAUAACGGACAGCUUGCAGUGUGGCACUCUGUGUCAAAGAACUUGGUCAGGGGCAGUCUAGCCGGGGGCAAUCUGUAAUGCCGGGUUUAUCUAGCCGGGGGCAAUCUGUAAUGCCGGGUUUAUCUAGCCUUAGCUAGUAGAAUCUGAUUGGCGGAGCACAUUGAUUGCAGUACAUGUGCAAUACGUAUGCAAACUUUUUUUAUGUCUCACGUUUAGUUAUACAAUGUUCUUUUUUUAGGGAUUUAGCAAAUGGCAUCACGGCCUAGUUCAGUCCUGGGCCCACAUUGCCAUCUGACAGCUGUAAAGGACAGAUCUUAUAACAUUGAUUGACAGUGAGCCAAGAUAAAGGAAUGCAGCAUUUUGAUUUUUACUUAUAAUUUCAUCUUUCAAAUACCAAACCUAUUUUUUUUUUUUUUAAAUAUGCAGGAUAAGUAAACAUGAUAAAUUCUAGGAAGAUGAUCAAGCUGAUCGUGGUUAUGUAUAUGAAAUAUUUUUUUAUGAAAAGCGAUCUAAACAACUAAAAGUUGUUGGCUGUCACCGUGGAAAUCAGUAGAACGAGCAGGCACAUUGCAUUGGUGACUCUCCAUUUUCACUUUUCAGAGCAGAAACUUUUUAUGCAUGACUCCCAAGGUGUAAGCUCAUAAUUAUGGGUUUUUCUACAAUUAAUGAUAAAUUCUGUACUUUGUUCCUACCUGCUGUGCAAGAUAACACUUAGCAAGUGCCAUAGCAGGUAUGACCUGGAGAAGGAGAAAGUAAUCCGGCAUAUGUGAUGUCCCUUUUACGGAUUUAUUGGGAUACAGCAGGUUUGAUGUUACUGUGUAUCCUAAUAAAUCAGCCGGAUCCUGCUGCCCUUCUCCUGUGUGUGUGGGAUUGUGACCCCGCCAGAUUGUCCUUACUAUGACUUACGACAUAUCGGGUACAGCAUGAUGUCAGCAGUUACAUUGCUCCAUGUUAUCACAUAUCACUUUUAGAAGCCAAGCCCAUGUUACAUGGCUUGUUAACAUGAUAUCAAAGCCAUUGUGUGGGAUAUUAUUCACUAUUGUACAGGGCUGCAUAUAAUUGUGUGUGAGGUUAUUCACCAUUGUACAGGGCUGCUAUAAUUGUGUGUGAGGUUUUUCACCAUUGUACAGGGCUGCUAUAAUUGUGUGUGAGGUUAUUCACCAUUGUACAGGGCUGCUAUAAUUGUGUGUGAGGUUAUUCACCAUUGUACAGGGCUGCUAUAAUUGUGUGUGAGGUUAAUCACCAUUGUACAGGGCUGCUAUAAUUGUGUGUGAGGUUAAUCACCAUUGUACAGGGCUGCUAUAAUUGUGUGUGAGGUUAAUCACCAUUGUACAGGGCUGCUAUAAUUGUGUGUGAGGUUUUUCACCAUUGUACAGGGCUGCUAUAAUUGUGUGUGAGGUUAUUCACCAUUGUACAGGGCUGCUAUAAUUGUGUGUGAGGUUAUUCACCAUUGUACAGGGCUGCUAUAAUUGUGUAUGCAGUAUACAACCACCAGGAAAUGUUCCUGCUGCAUACACCUAAUCCACUCUUUCUAUAGGAAAACCCAGAUGAAUGUACGGCAGGCCUGUAUGGAAACGAACUCUCCAUCAGUCUGUAAGUACUAAGACCCUGCCAGAAGUCUGGGGAGCACUUACGAAAAAAGAAACUUUUCCUUCCAUUGACUAGCAUUCAGAAAAUCUUAGGUAUGCAUGCCAAAGUGCUCUGCGUAUUGUGUCAUAGUAAAGGGGUUGCUGUUUGGAGUGUCUCUUUAAGUAUUGUGAGUGUGCAGGCUCUGCAGGGCCCCAUCAUGGUGGCCCCUGGUCCUUGUCACUGAGAGUGUAUUGUAUCACCCAGUACAGAGUGACAGCUGUGUUAAAAACACAUUCCAGCCAGGCCUGCUUCCUAUAUGUGGCAGUCAUCCGCAUACCAUCACACAGCAUGGGCUGUACACCUAUCCCAGUUACAGUGGGUUUAUCUGUAAUGUUUUUAGCAUGGGGGAUUACAUCACUUUCUAACCCUCUGACUUAAUUUACUGAUUAAGAAAAGGCCACAGCGAGUAUGUGAUGUCAGCAGCCAAUCAGCAUGCGUCUUGCCGAGUAACUCCCAGCAUGCCAUUGUGCAGAGAAGAAAAGGUUCUUUGAAUGUGAAUGGAAUGUCCUUUGUGUCCAGGGAUGGCAAAGGUUAGCUCCACGUCUUUUAUUCCAAACAGAUGUAAAUAUGAUCCAUGUAAGAUGUGGGCAGUAAUGCAGAGAUGGUGUUUGUGCCAGAAGACAAGGUUAAGUCCUGUGAGGGUUUGUGUCACCCCAGUCAUGAUUUACCUCUUGUGUGAUGGCAUCCUAACCUCUGGAGUGAAACACAUUUAGCUUGGAAAGAGUGAAUGGAGAAGAGAGAUUCUGGAUAUUAUAAAGCAGUCUGUCUGAAUCUUCCAUUGGUUGUCAUUCCUGGAGUCCUAGGUAGUUUUAUGGACCUUUUAUGUUAUAUUGUCUCCUUUAAGGAGAUUCUGAAGCGGUCCAUAGUGUGUGCAUACAUUCAUGCAGUGCUUCUCUUCCUGUAGAAAGGUGUACUACAUUUCCCAUCAAUCCUUGCUGUGCAGGGAUUUACAGGUAAUCUAUAAAUCAUUCAUUAAACUACAGUAGAGACAUAAAAUUACAGGAAAAGCUACUGAAAAAUGGCUAAUAAGUGUGUGGUUUAUAAGGUACAGGGUGCUCUUAAAGGAAGAGAAUCUGUUCCCAUACCAGAUAUAUACAUGUAAUAAGAAAUAAUCCCAAGGCACAUAAAGAGUAUUUAUUCAUGCAUAGAAAAUACAACAAAGCAUCAUUAUAGCAGAGAGAAAAUGAAACCCCAAUGUUUGGGCUGUGUAGGGAGAGGUCCCCCAGAGGAAGGCUUCACAGCCGAAACGUUGGGGUUGGUCAGUAUACCUUUUUUAAUGGGUUUUUGCAUUUAGCACUUUACUUACAUUGUGGUUUAACACCUAUACUAUGCACUUUCUAUCUGCUACAAUGAUGCUUUGUUGUAUUUUCUAUGGAUGAAUAAAUACUCUUUAUGUGCAAAACCGUGGUGUGCCUCAGGAUCAUUUCUUAUUUAUUUUUCUUUUAUUAAACUAUAGUAGAGCAGGAUUACCCGAGAUCUUUUAUUUGCCAAUGCUGCUGCAAUGGAGUAGGUCCAGCAUCUAGACGCGUGCAAAAGUCACAUUCUUUAAAAAUAAUAAAAUGAAAAAAAUACUACUUAGAGAAUGUUUUUGCUUGUUUAGAAAUAGUCACUUUUAUCCUAAAAUAUUCCCCUAAUGUUUCAGGAAUGGGUUUGCACCAUUGUUAAAAUGAUAUGGUUUAGGUUGACUGUUGCAACAUGGGCUUUUCAGUAUAUUUACAUAUCUAUAUUUAAGUGUCCCUGAAAUAUAAAUAAAUGUACAAAUCUGCAGUGCUGUAGUUAUUUCUGUUCUGGAAGUGUACACAGGCCCUGUAUUGUCUUUCGGUCAGUCAUUGUUAUAAACUUCUCCCUUUGCACCUGUCAAUAUAUAGAGAAGCAGAAACCACGUGAAGAGUGUUGUCAAAGAUCUGACCGUUAUCUUAUUCUUGGUCUCUAAUCUCGUCAUAUUUAUUAAAUUGCUCUAAAAAGUGUUGGCUGUUCUCUACAUAAAUUCCACAAACACAAGUUUUAGCAAAGCUAGCCAAAUUUAGAUUUGGAAAAAGAGAAAUGAAACAGAACAUUUUUCUGGUUGACAAAGUGACAGAGAGAUUGUAAAAUCCAGUGUGUGUCGAAAAAAUAUGGCGCACAAUCAAAAAAUGUAAUUCCCAGAAAAGAGACUGCUCCCUUUUUAAUGCUUUCUAUUGCUGAGGCUUUUUGUGUCGGCCCUUACUAUGGUGAUUUUGCGCCUGGAUAGCGGAGGGAAAUAGUUUUAUUCGAGGCACAAUCCAGUCAGUUUUUGACGUUUAUGAAAUGAUGCUCACCUAUAUAAAUCCCCAGGUUCAGUCCAGUAGAUGUCUAGUUUAAUUUCAGCGGACAUUAACGAAGAGCAAAUAAAAGAAACAAAUUACUUGGACUCUUAGUCUUUAUGGCCUAGAUACAUAAAGGACACUGUGCUGACACGUCUUUUAUCGCUUUUAGCCUAAAUAGUGCACUUGUAUAUUUUUUUAUUUUUUUGAAAGCUUGAUUUAUAUAGUUGAAGUUUUGCUGCAUCCUAAGUUUGAUUGUGCCAGUUCUGUCCCAUCUCCCUGUACUCAUUGGUGGUCACAGGACUGAAGUAGGUGUUGUUUCCUCUAUCCAUCAGUGUUUCUUUAACAAUACAGUUGUAGAUGGAAGUACAACAAAGGCUUUUGGGAUGUGUAGUUUAAGCUAACAGCUUUCAUAUCAGAACUAUUCACUGGAAUCAUUAUACUGAGCAGAACUGAGGCAGUGCACAGAGUAUUGAAAUCUGCUUGUCAGGCACUUCCCCUAAACAAGCAGAAACAUGGGCAGUUAUAGGUGAGGGGACCAGGGAUACAAAUUAUCUCAGUUUAGGACUCACAUUUUCUGCCAUACUACACUUUAUCCCUUGCAAUGCUAAGGAUAAGGGGUUUCUGCAUGGCCAAGCUACUUUCUGGUUUGGGGGAAGAUCAAGGUUGAUGCAAUAUUUAGGGAGUUUCACUUGGAGUAGAAAGCUUAAAAGUGUAUGUCUGUCUCAACUAAUAAACUACUUAAUUUUGUUGUAGGAUCUGGCAUUCUUUGUCCCUGGAACCAUUACUACUUCAAACCAUUUAAGUGGUUAUGGUGCCUAGUGUCCCAUUUUAUAUAUGUUUCUUAACGAUGUAGUUUAAUGUGGAUCAGUGGAGCAGUAAAUUAAAACCUUCUGUUGUGUAUGUGUUCCCGAACAGUGGGCUCUCUUGUAUUGCUGCUUAACUGCAUUGAUCCCCUUAUUCCAGCACAAGUUUGGAAGCUGGUCCAAGAACACGUGUAAAUAUAGGGUGGGGUAGACCAUUCCCAUUAGGGAUUGCUAGAGAAUUCAUUUUGUAUUUACUUGCAACCGAGGCUUUAGUUGCCUAUUAUGUGUGUUUCUCUUCUGAUCGUAUAAGGCCCAGCCCUGCUGUGUCUACAUUCCCUGCAUCUUUGAGUUAAUUUAUCGUCCUUGUUUACCUUUAGCACUUCAAGGCCACUAAUCCCAACUUGUUUUGUCUCUUACAGGAAUAGACUUCAAGAUCAAAACUGUGGAAUUACAAGGAAAAAAGAUCAAAUUACAGAUAUGGUAAGUGAGCCUUUCAAAACUUUCAGCACCUUUGUUGUGUAAAUACAACACAAUGACAUGAUAUACAAUAACACCUAUACAUCGUCCAGCCUAUAACACCGGCAUGUGCAUAGUCUUAACUUUAUUUAAUUCGUUAUAGGGUGUACUUCUAUGCAGGGGCGUACCUAGGGCAUGUGGCACCCGGGGCGGGUCCUGGGUUUGGCACCCCCCCUGAACCCCCCCCCCGCUUCUCCAAAAAAAAACCUACAAAAUUUUUAAAAUGUGUUAUAUUUUUUUAAAUGUUUUAAAAAAUGUAUUGAACAAAUUUGUAAACUUUUUAAAACCCCUGCCCCCCUCUACAAAAUCCCUGCACCCCUCACACACAGUUACAGACAGUCACACACAGUUACAAGCAGAUAGUCACACGCACACAGUCAUAUGCAGACAGUCACACAUAUAGUCACAGGCAGUCAUACACACAGUUACAGGUAGAGAGUUACACACACACACAGUCAGUUACAAGCAGUUACACACAGUCACGCACACUGUUACAGGCAGUCACAUAUACAGUCACACACACGUCACAGGCAGACAGUCAUACACAUAGUUACAGCCACAAACACACACAGUUACAGGCAGUUACACACACAGUCAGUUACAGGCAGUCAUGCACAAAGUUACAUGCAGACAGUCACAGGCAGACAGUAACACACAGUUACAGGCAGCAUCACACAGUCACAGGCAGACUGUCACAGACAGUCACACACACAGUUACAGGCAUGCAGUCACACACAAACACACAGACACCCAGUUACAGGUAGACAGUUACGCACACACAGUUACAGGUAGGCAGUUACGCACACACACACAGUUACAGGCAGACCGUUACACACACACAGUUACAGGUAGACAGUUAUGCACACACACACACACAGUUACAGGCAGACACUUACACACACGUACACACAGUUACACACACACACACACACACAGUUACAGACACACACACACACACAAGACAGACAGUCACACACACACACACACAGUUGCAGGCAGUUUUACACACACACACACACAGUUACAGACAGUCACACACACACAGUUACAGACAGUCACACACACACAGUUUCAGGCAGUCACACACACACACAGUUACAGACAGUCACACACAAACACACACACACAGUUUAAGGCAGUUACACACACAGUUUCAGGCAGUUACACACACACACACACAGUUUCAGGCAGUUACACACACACACACACAGAGUUACAGACAGUGUCUCACACACACACACACACACACACACACAGAGUUACAGACAGUGUCACACACACACACACACACACAGAGUUACAGACAGUGUCACACACACACACACACAGAGUUACAGACAGUCACACACACACACAGUUUCAGACAGUUACACACACACACACUAUUAUACUUACAGACAGUGUGGGCUGGAGGAGUGGAUUCAUUGAAGUCCUUCCCUGGAGCCUGGUAGGUGGAGGUGCAGCAGGGAUUUCGUCUUGCUGCACCUCCAUGUGCAGCAUUAACAGCAGCCCAUGCUCGCGGUUAGGCUCCGCCCAUAAAUAUCCAUAGCUCCGCCCCCUUUCCUCCCGUGCGGCCAGCUAAGCUUGCUGGUCUCUGUGUGAGCUGUGUGACACCCCAGCUACCAUGGGGCACAGCUCACACAACUCCCUCCAGCCCCAAGACCAGGGUGAAGGCACCCCCCUAGCAGGUGGCACCCGGGGCGGACCGCCCCCUCCGCCCCCCCCUUAGUCCGCCACUGCUUCUAUGCCAUAUUAAUGAAUGGGAAUAAUGCCCCAAAAAAUGGAAUUGGGGAAGAAAAAAAAAAACAGGCAACAUGUGGACAUGAAAAAACACAAGGGCUCCAGUAUAUAGUGUGUUGGUGGGUUAACUGUAAAAGGCAGCAAAAACUAGUUCUGAGCCUGCUGGCGCAGUGGGUGGAGUUAAACUAGCUGCCAGAAUUGCUUAUAUUCUCUUUAGUCCUCUGCAUCCCACAUCUGACAAUGGGAUAAAUGGCAGUGGAGAGAUCUUGUCAUGGAAUGGACUCCCAUAUUGUCCAUUGUUCUCUGGCACCCGUGGCUCAUGUUUCGAUGCCCUUGGGGGUGCAUCUUGUUCUAAUAUACCCCCCAAAUGCACCCAAUGUUGGUGCAGCUACUUUAUCAUUCUUGCUUAUUAUGAUUGAGAAUCUCCAGUGACACAGACUUUGCUGCAUGUUUGACGCUCUUGACUUAAUAAUCAUGUGGCUUCUGCCAGAGUUUCUUCAUAAACUAUCGUGUUAGGCGCCACUGGAAACAAUACCAUGUAAGCUUUGCGUAUUGUAUAUACUGAAGGAAGACAUUGUGUAUAGAGCCCAUAUGUUUUACUGCACACAUUGUAUCUGAAGUCUGUUGUAUGUGGCUAUAUGUUUUUCUUAGGAGAACCCUAUGGCUGACUGAGAUUUGUUUCAAAUCGAAGGAUCACUAAAUGUGUUUUUUUUUUUUUUUUCUACAAAAGAUGAAAAGUUAGCGCACUUGUUUUAUUAGAUUUAAUUUUCAGGUUUAUUUCUGCAAAUAUAAAAUAUGCAUAUAUUUGGCAUUGGGAAUAGUUUAUUUAUAGCCGAGAUUUUUUUCUCAUCUACUUGCUUUUAUCCUUCAUAUCCUUUCAUCAUGACUCGAUCUUUAUCCUUUACUUGCUGAUACUCUGCAGUUGCAGUAGCUGACUAUAACGGAUGAUCUGUGCGGAUACUCUGUGUAGUUGCAGUAUCUGCCUUUCUAUAACGGAUGAUCUGUGCUGAUACUCUGUGUAGUUGCAGUAGCUGGCUUUCUAUAACGGAUGAUUUGUGCGGAUACUCUGUAGUUGCUGUAUCUGCCUUUCUAUAACGGAUGAUCUGUGCGGAUACUCUGUGUAGUUGCAGUAGCUGGUUUUCUAUAACGGAUGAUUUGUGCGGAUACUCUGUAGUUGCAGUAGUUGCCUUUCUAUAACGGAUGAUUUGUGCGUAUACUCUGUAGUUGCAGUAGCUGCCUUUCUAUAACGGAUGAUCUGUGCUGAUACUCUGUGUAGUUGCAGUAGCUGGUUUUCUAUAACGGAUGAUUUGUGCGGAUACUCUGUAGUUGCUGUAUCUGCCUUUCUAUAACGGAUGAUCUGUGCGGAUACUCUGUGUAGUUGCAGUAUCUGCCUUUCUAUAACGGAUGAUUUGUGCGGAUACUCUGUGUAGUUGCAGUAGCUGGUUUUCUAUAACGGAUGAUCUGUGCGGAUACUCUGUAGUUGCUGUAUCUGCCUUUCUAUAACGGAUGAUUUGUGCGGAUACUCUGUGUAGUUGCUGUAUCUGCCUUUCUAUAACGGAUGAUUUGUGCGGAUACUCUGUGUAGUUGCAGUAGCUGGUUUUCUAUAACGGAUGAUCUGUGCGGAUACUCUGUGUAGUUGCAGUAGCUGGUUUUCUAUAACGGAUGAUCUGUGCGGAUACUCUCAAUGUAGUUACGUGUGGUUUUCUAUAGCGGAUGAUCUAUGCGGAUACUCUGUGUAGUUGCAGUAGCUGUGGCUUUCUAUAGCGGAUGAUCUGUGCUGAUACUCUGUAGUUGCUGUAUCUGCCUUUCUAUAGCGGAUGAUUUGUCGCGGAUACUCUGUGUAGUUGCGGUAGCUGGUUUUUCUAUAGCGGAUGAUCUGUCUGGGAUACUCUGUGGGCUGCAGUAGCUGGCUUUUCUAUAGCAGGAUGAUUUGUGCGGAUACUCUGUGUAGUUUGCAGUAGCUGUGGCUUUCUAUAUAGCGGAUGAUUUAUUGGCGAGGAUACUCUGUAGUUGCUGUAUCUGCCUUUCUAUAGCGGAUGAUCUGUGCGGGAUACUCUGGCUGUAGUUGCGGUAGCUGGUUUUCUAUAUGCUUGGAUGAUUUGUCUGCGGAUACUCUGUAGUUGCAGUAGCUGCCUUUCUAUAACGGAUGAUCUGUGCUGAUACUCUGUGUAGUUGCAGUAGCUGGUUUUCUAUAACGGAUGAUUUGUGCGGAUACUCUGUAGUUGCUGUAUCUGCCUUUCUAUAACGGAUGAUCUGUGCGGAUACUCUGUGUAGUUGCAGUAUCUGCCUUUCUAUAACGGAUGAUUUGUGCAGAUACUCUGUGUAGUUGCAGUAGCUGGCUUUCUAUAACGGAUGAUCUGUGCUGAUACUCUGUAGUUGCUGUAUCUGCCUUUCUAUAACGGAUGAUUUGUGCGGAUACUCUGUGUAGUUGCAGUAGCUGGUUUUCUAUAACGGAUGAUCUGUGCGGAUACUCUGUAGUUGCAGUAGCUGGUUUUCUAUAACGGAUGAUCUGUGCUGAUACUCUGUAGUUGCAGUAGCUGGCUUUCUAUAACGGAUGAUCUGUGCGGAUACUCUGUGUAGUUGCAGUAGCUGGUUUUCUAUAACGGAUGAUCUGUGCGGAUACUCGGUGUAGUUGCAGUGGCUGGCUUUCUAUAACGGAUGAUCUGUGCGGAUACUCGGUGUAGUUGCAGUAGCUGGCUUUCUAUAACGGAUGAUUUGUGCGGAUACUCUGUGUAGUUGCAGUAGCUGGCUUUCUAUAACGGAUGAUUUGUGCGGAUACUCUGUGUAGUUGCAGUAGCUGGCUUUCUAUAACGGAUGAUUUGUGCUGAUACUCUGUAGUUGCAGUGGCUGGCUUUCUAUAACGGAUGAUUUGUGCGGAUACUCGGUGUAGUUGCAGUAGCUAGCUUUCUAUAACGGAUGAUUUGUGCGGAUACUCUGUGUAGUUGCAGUAGCUGGUUUUCUAUAACGGAUGAUUUGUGCGGAUACUCUGUGUAGUUGCAGUAGCUGGCUUUCUAUAACGGAUGAUUUGUGCGGAUACUCUGUAGUUGCUGUAUCUGCCUUUCUAUAACGGAUGAUCUGUGCUGAUACUCUGUAGUUGCUGUAUCUGCCUUUCUAUAACGGAUGAUCUGUGCGGAUACUCUGUGUAGUUGCUGUAUCUGCCUUUCUGUAACAGAUGAUCUGUGCCAGAGUUUUUGUUGGGAUGAAUUAAACAUAGCUUGGCUUUGCAGCUUACUGUAGAUGUUUCCUCUGCUCCCUUUGUCAUUCUGUAUGAAAUCCCUGCACAUGUCUAAGAGGUCACAGGCUCCUUACUUUCCUGGUUUAACUUCCUACUUUAAUAUACUGGUGCUGGCUGCUUCUGCUAAAGCAUGCUAUUUAUUUCUGUGUAAAAAUCCCCUCCUUUAGUCAGUUCCUCUGCCCCCUGACUUGUUGUAUUGCAGAUAGAGCUGUGAAGAAAGCUCAGUGAAGGUUAUGUAUACAAUUGUUGCGUUUGAUUUCACAUUUGCAUCAUUUUUUUUGUGAUUGCACCAUUUACUUCACCUUAUGCGCUCUAUGCCCUCCUAUAGAAAGUUCUGUCACUGCGCUCUCUGCAUUCUAUGCCCUCCUAUAGAAAGCUGUCACUGCGCUCUCUGCAUUCUAUGCCCUUCUAUAGAAAGCUGUCACUGCACACUCUGCAUUCUAUGCCCUCCUAUAGAGAGCUGUCACUGCACUCUGCAUUCUAUGCCCUCCUAUAGAAAGUUCUCACUGCGCUCUCUGCAUUCUAUGCCCUCCUAUAGAAAGCUGUCACUGCACUCUGCAUUCUAUGCCCUCCUAUAGAGAGCUGUCACUGCACUCUGCAUUCUAUGCCCUCCUAUACAAAGCGCUGUCUCUGCAUUCUAUGCCCUCCUAUAGAAAGCAUUGUCUCUGCAUUCUAUGCGCUCCUAUAGAAAGCUAUGUCACUGCACUCUCUGCAUUCUAUGCCCUACUAUAGAAAGCGUUCUCUGCACUCUCUGCAUUCUAUGCCCUCCUAUAGAAAGUUCUGUCACUGCGCUCUCUGCAUUCUAUGCCCUCCUAUAGAAAGCUGUCACUGCACUCUGCAUUCUAUGCCCUCCUAUAGAGAGCUGUCACUGCACUCUGCAUUCUAUGCCCUCCUAUACAAAGCGCUGUCUCUGCAUUCUAUGCCCUCCUAUAGAAAGCAUUGUCUCUGCAUUCUAUGCGCUCCUAUAGAAAGCUAUGUCACUGCACUCUCUGCAUUCUAUGCCCUACUAUAGAAAGCGUUCUCUGCACUCUCUGCAUUCUAUGCCCUCCUAUAGAAAGCUCUGUUACUGCACUCUGCAUUCUAUGCCCUCCUAUAGAAAGCGUUCUCUGCAUUCUUUGCCCGCCUAUAGAAAGCUCUGUCACUGCAUUCUAUGCCCUCCUAUAGAAAGCUCUGUCACUGCACACUCUGCAUUCUAUGCCCUCCUAUAGAAAGCUCACUGCACUCUCUGCAUUCUAUGCCCUCCUAUUGAAAGCUGUCACUGCACACUCUGCAUUCUAUGCCCUCCUAUAGAGAGCUGUCACUUCACACUCUGCAUUCUAUGCCCUCCUAUACAAAGUGUUGUCUCUGCAUUCUAUGCCCUCCUAUAGAAAGCAUUGUCUCUGCAUUCUAUGCGCUCCUAUAGAAAGAUGUCACUGCACUCUCUGCAUUCUAUGCCCUCCUAUAGAAAGCGUUCUCUGCACUCUCUGCAGUCUAUGCCCGCCUAUAGAAAGCUCUGUCACUGCACUCUCUGCAUUCUAUGCCCUCCUAUAGAAAGCGUUGUCUGCAUUCUAUGCCCUCCUGUAGAAAGCUGUCACUGCACUCUCUGCAUUCUAUGCGCUCCUAUAGAAAGAUCUGUCACUGCGCUCUCUGCAUUCUAUUCCCUCCUAUAGAAAGCUGUCACUGCACUCUCUGCAUUCUAUGCCCUCCUAUAGAAAGCUGUUACUGCGCUCUCUGCAUACUGUGCCCUCCUAUAGAAAGCUGUCACUGCAUUCUCUGCAUUCUAUGCCCUCCUAUAGAAAGCUCUGUUACUGCACUCUUUGCAUUCUAUUCCCUCCUAUAGAAAGCUGUCACUGCACACUCUGCAUUCUAUGCCCGCUUAUAGAAAGCUGUCACUGCAUUUUCUGCAUUCUAUGCCCUCCUAUAGAAAGCGUUCUCUGCAUUCUAUGCCCUCCUAUAGAAAGCUGUCACUGCAUUCUUUGCAUUCUAUGCCCUCCUAUAGAAAGCUCUGUUACUGCACUCUUUGCAUACUGUGCCCUCCUAUAGAAAGCUCUGUUACUGCACUCUUUGCAUACUGUGCCCUCCUAUAAAAAGCUGUCACUGCAUUCUAUGCCCUCCUAUAGAAAGCUGUCACUGCAUUCUCUGCAUUCUAUGCCCUCCUAUAGAAAGCUCUGUCACUGCGCUCUCUGCAUUCUAUGCCCUCCUAUAGAAAGCUCUGUCACUGCGCUCUCUGCAUUCUAUGCCCUCCUAUAGAAAGCUGUCACUGCGCUCUCUGCAUACUGUGCCCUCCUAUAGAAAGCUGUCACUGCAUUCUCUGCAUUCUAUGCCCUCCUAUAGAAAGCUCUGUUACUGCACUCUUUGCAUUCUAUUCCCUCCUAUAGAAAGCUCUCACUGCACUCUCUGCAUUCUAUGCCCUCCUAUAGAAAGCUGUCACUGCGCUCUCUGCAUUCUAUGCCCUCCUAAAGAAAGCUCUGUCACUGCGCUCUCUGCAUUCUAUGCCCUCCUAUAGAAAGCUCUGUCACUGCGCUCUCUGCAUUCUAUGCCCUCCUAUAUAAAGCUCUGUCACUGUGCUCUGCAUUCUAUGCCCUCCUAUAGAAAGCUCUGUCACUGCGCUCUCUGCAUUCUAUGCGCUUCUAUUGAAAGUGUUGUCUCUGCAUACUGUGCCCUCCUAUAAAAAGCUCUGUCACUGCGCUCUCUGCAUACUGUGCCCUCCUAUAGAAAGCUCUGUCACUGCGUUCUCCAUCUUACUCUCUUGGUUCCUGUUUGGUUGCACAGAUUAAACCUUAUUAAAUUGUUCCUGAAAGGCCCAGCUGCAGAUCAAUGAAUAGUUCCAGUUAGCUCUUACUUCCAUCUGCUGCUCGUUGGCAGAGUGUGUUUUGACCCUGGCAGUGUACUGGCACACCAGCUGCGGAAAUAGUCUAAUUUUCAUUCCUUCACUGAAGCUGUUGAUACAUUUGGUUUCCACUUUUCCCUCCUGUGCAAUGGGUGUUUGGAUGUCUGUUGUGUCCUUUGAGUAGGGCAAGAAUGCCAUAACAUUUUUGUAACUGGCAUCUUGCACAUUGCAAGCUGCUGGUUUGUCUUCUUUAGUUCAGAUUUGUACCCACAUUUGUGUUUCCCACAUGUCUAAAUUCCCGGAAACUUGUGUGUCUGAUACGGUAGGUCUCACAUCUCAGUACAAAGAUCAGGCCAUGGUGGGGACAGCAUAUGCUAAUAGUGUGUAGGGAGACCCAAGAUCCUGAAAUCAUUAGAAAGGUAAUAAACCACCCUUCAGGGCCUGUAUCCUUCCACCAGGCUCGGUGAUGUAUCUCCUGCACUGUAGAACAGUCUGGUAACCAGAUAACAUGGAUUGUAGGCUUUGCCAGCUAGUUACCGGUGGAACCUGUAGUGGACAUUGCAACCAUUCAGUUAUUUGUCCCAAAAUUGAGCUUUUGUAGCUUAGUAUGCUCUCAUUUUCCUUCUUGUUAUUAAAUGUGUGAGGAGUUCAUUGAGAUACAUAGUGAAUUGGAUGUCACAAAUGACCUACCAAUUGUAGAACUAACUGAACAUAUAAUGAAAAUACAAUACAAUUAACAUAUUCAAAAAAAUAAUCCCAUCAGAUUCAUUGAAAAUGAAGCUACACAGACAGCCAGUAUGUUAGUAACUUGUAUCACUCAUGUCGAAGAUAUCAAGGGCGUGGGAGUCACUCAGUUCAAGCGUAGAUAUGGGUAUAAAAUAGAUACAAUGUGCUGAAAGACCAUUGGACUCUCUUGGUGUAGCAGAACAGCCAUAUAACACAAUGAAAAAUCCUGCUCUAAUCCACAGGUUAGAAGGCGAGUAGUUAUGUCACAUACGUCUUGGCAUUUAGCCUUGUCACAAUCUUUGAGAAAUCUCCACCCAAAAAGCCAAGUGGGUGACUGUCUGCUGUCUCUCCUAAGAUUGGGUGUCCAUAUAGUCUGUAAGCCCUCCAUUCUGCUGUCCAAAUGUUUCGAGUGCCCUAGCGCCUGAGACAUGCAGAGCGGUGUGAGAAGCGACUGCAGCCAACCACUGCUCACAAUGCUCAUGUCUGAUGGCUGCCGCAAAUCCGCAUGAUGUCAUGUCCAGGAGGCCAACGUGCUCUAAUUGAGAGAGACUGCGUGGGACAGGCUGAUACUGGUAGUCUGUGCUGUGUGUGUCAGAGAAUGUGUAUUUUGUAUGGGUCCGUGUGCCCAACCACAGUGUAUCCCAACCACAUGCAGCCAGUGCAGACUCACAUCAACCACAAUGGGUACUCUCCGCUCGAACAUCACUCACAUCCAACACACACAGUACAAACUAUGAAAAAGAGGGAGACUAUGGGAGGGCAGAGGGUAAAACACUCGGAGUAAUACUGAGGCAAUCUAGUAGCUAGAGAAUUUUUCGACUUUACUAGAUUGUCAUGACGGACACGUAGAUUGGGCUAUCACUCUAGUCCUUUGGACAAGUAGAUUUAAAAAAAAUAAUCCCACUCCCUUGUAUAUACACCGCUGACCUGGCAUUCGAAUAGAAGGCAGUAAAUCAUCACACAAAGGCACACUUUCUCAGAGCAUUUACAAGAAGCGUUUGCUUAAGAUGCUGCAGUGAUGUUUAGCUUAGUUUGUGACUCCAUAAAUUCCACUAGAAAAUGGAACCAUCUCGACUGAUAUUAGCUGUAAUAUGGGACUUCUGCUAUAUGGGACUUGGUGCAGGGUGUAUAUUGAGAGGAUAAAAACAGUGAAAAGUCUCGCCACCAGUUAGAGAAAUCAGACUUACUAAAGCUUCACACUGUAAAUGGCCAUGUAGCAGGCUUGUGCCUCGCUGUGAUCCCAUGGGUCUGAGUCAGGCCUGUGCCUUGCUGUGAUCCCAUGGGUCUGAGUCAGGCCUGUGCCUCGCUGUGAUCCCAUGGAUCUGAGUCAGGCCUGUGCCUCGCUGUGAUCCCGUGGCUCUGGGUCAGGCCUGUGCCUCGCUGUGAUCCCGUGGCUCUGGGUCAGGCCUGUGCCUCGCUGUGAUCCCGUGGCUCUGGGUCAGGCCUGUGCUUCGCUGUGAUCCCGUGGCUCUGGGUCAGGCCUGUGCCUCGCUGUGAUCCCGUGGCUCUGGGUCAGACCUGUGCCUCGCUGUGAUCCCGUGGCUCUGGGUCAGGCCUGUGCCUCGCUCUGAUCCCUUGGAACAGUGUAAGCAGGCAGCCUUUACCUUGUAGUUCUCUGUAGCAUGUAAUACUUGGGGUUAGGUAAAUGCUAAAAUGUUGGUUUGCCCAGGGAGGAGGCCACUCCUGUUUAACUAGCAACAGAUGAUUUGUUUUCACAACCUGAGUAAGACCGCGUCAUGCUCAGAUCUGUAAUCUGGAACUGUGUAAGCAGGGUUCAUGGGUCUCGUAGUGGGAUUGCAGGCACUGUUAUUUCCUCUUUGCAAUAUACCUUAUUUAUAUUUUAAUUUUAUUUUUGGUGGGUUGGGGGAGUGUUUGUCAAAUAAAAUUUCAAAUGUGCUACCUUCUUUUAGAAUACAGCAAAAAAAACAAAAAAACUUUUAGUGACGUGUUUGCAAACAUUUAUUGACUUUGAGAUCGAUGUUUAUCUGUUUUUCUGGUAAUCUGUGAGGACUGUGGGACCAAGCUGGACAGAAUGUCAGUGUGUCUGACAGUGUGUGAAAAACUAUGAGCAGUGUGUACUGGUAUAUAUGUGUUUGGGUCUGGCAGUGUGUACUGGUACCUGUGUGUUUGGGUCUGGCAGUGUGUACCGGUACCUGUGUGUUUGGGUCUGGCAGUGUGUACCGGUACCUGUGUGUUUGGGUCUGGCAGUGUAUACCGGUACCUGUGUGUUUGGGUCUGGCAGUGUGUACCGGUACCUGUGUGUUUGGGUCUGGCAGUGUGUACUGGUAUCUGUGUGUUUGGGUCUGGCAGUGUGUACCGGUAUCUGUGUGUUUGGGUCUGGCAGUGUGUACUGGUAUCUGUGUGUUUGGGUCUGGCAGUGUGUACUGGUAUCUGUGUGUUUGGGUCUGGCAGUGUGUACCGGUAUCUGUGUGUUUGGGUCUGGCAGUGUGUACCGGUAUCUGUGUGUUUGGGUCUGGCAGUGUGUACCGGUAUCUGUGUGUUUGGGUCUGGCAGUGUGUACCGGUACCUGUGUGUUUGGGUCUGGCAGUGUGUACCGGUACCUGUGUGUUUGGGUCUGGCAGUGUGUACCGGUACCUGUGUGUUUGGGGGUCUGGCAGUGUGUACCGGUACCUGUGUGUUAGGGUCUGGCAGUGUGUACCGGUACCUGUGUGUUUGGGUCUGGCAGUGUGUACCGGUACCUGUGUGUUUGGGUCUGGCAGUGUGUACCGGUACCUGUGUGUUUGGGUCUGGCAGUGUGUACCGGUACCUGUAUGUUUGGGUCUGGCAGUGUGUACCGGUACCUGUGUGUUUGGGUCUGGCAGUGUGCUAGUGAUUUUGGUGAGUUGUAUACACAUUAUACUUGGUCUUUCUUUUUCAUAUAUGUCCAUAUCCAUGUUAAAGCAAUCAUGGCAGGAUCUCUGGGAAGAGGCUUUUUUGGGGAGUAUUUUUAGGUUUUUGUGUUUUUACAUAUUGUUCAUUCACUUUUUUUUUUUUGCAACUACCACUACUGGACUCUAAUUUGUGCAUAUAUUUACCUUGCAAAUAUACACAUCCAUUUAUGUUGGCUUAAAGGUGUGUGUGUGUGUUUUCUGUAAACCAAGUAUUCUCUGAGCCCCCUAAACACUCUCUACUUCCAUUGUAAUGCCGAGCUACCACUGGAAUACCCUCUGCUAUCACAGCGUCACUUCCUGCAAACAUAGCUCCAUUUUUUUGUAGUAUAUGAGGUAACGCUCGGUAUCACUUUUUCUGAUGGUUUUCCUUUAUGGAGUCUGUUAAACGGGAGCUGUCACUUCACAUGAUAUGAAAUAUAAGAGAAAAGGAAACCUAAUAAAUAAGUAUGUGAUACAUCAUAUUUAGAAAUCCACACUUUUAUCUUGGCUUCCUGUCAAUCAUUGUUAUAAGCUCCGCCCAUUACACCUGGCAGUUGGCAUUGAGAAAACAUAGAGAGAGUAGAAUUAAAAUAAUGGGGAAUUUUAUCAAAGUGUUCUAAAGUACCAACAUUGGAAUAAGCACUAUAGAAACAGUGAAACCUACUGUCACAUUCCAUUAGUAAAUCCCUCCUUUUACCACUUUUUCCACUUUUUAGAACAGAACACCUUGGUCAAUCCCUCGUGGUUUCUAUUCCCCCUCCUCAUUCGCCAUGUUCCCUGGCUGUGCCUACACUAAACUGGAUUGUGAUGCAUGUUGCUAAAUAUACAUUUAAGAGAAAAUCAAACAUCACUUUUUACAGAGAAGUAACUGCCUCCUUUUGCAUUUUUUACCUGGUAAGGUGUCCCAAAAUGUUAGAAAAAAUAACAAGCGUGCAGGACAUAAAGUGUAAGGGGUUGUUGGUGUACGUGGAAAAUACAGAGGAGCACGUUUUAUAUUUACUGGAGCAUACACUGGAAAGAUGUAAUGUGCAUGUUUAGUGGAUCUCUGCAAUUGCUGUGCAUGCUCAAUGUGUCCUUCCAUCAAAGAUCUGGACAAGUCAUCAGGGUUGAGUUCACUGUGCAAGGACUGGACGGAUAUUUUAUUUAUUUAAAGAGAGGACUGAUAACGUUGUGCACAAAGAAACACAUGUAAUAUAAAUGUUUUAACUUUUAUUGCAUUUCUUUAAGCUAAAACGUCUUGACUGCAUUAUUUGCCGUUAUUUUUGUUUAUUCUAACUAUUCCUAGCCCCACACUAUGCUUAACCCUUUGAAAGCUGUGGGGGCACGUUACUCCCCCCUUUCCUUUAAAGCACCAUGUUGUGUUUCUUUGACUUAUCUGACUCAGUGUCAGAUUUCCCCUCCCCACUCUCUAGUAUUCAGGCCCAGGCACUAGUGUAUAUUAACUGUUUGUUUCUCUCUAUCCAGGGACACUGCCGGACAGGAGCGAUUUCACACCAUCACCACCUCUUAUUACCGAGGGGCCAUGGGAAUCAUGUUGGUGUAUGAUAUCACAAACGCCAAAAGCUUUGAGAACAUCAGCAAAUGGCUCAGAAAUAUAGACGAGGUAAGCCCAGUCAUGACCGAGCACGUUGAUGCAUUAAUUCAGCAUGUUCUGAUUGAUACCGGCACGCACUAAAUGUUACAUAUUACCGCAACCUUUGGGGAGAAGGUGUUUAGGUAGGCCACCAUUGCCAAACUCCCACUUAUUUAAAAUGCCCUUUGUUCUAAUGCUAUAACUGGGUUAAUGUCAUUAAUUACAUGGAUCUUUGUGAAUGUUUCUUGCUGCCUUCAGAUUUUGCUUGAUUAAAAUAAAUUGGUAAUGGGCAAUUCUCAAUCUUUUAGCCACGAGUCGCUAAAAAAAGUUUCCUUUUCCAUGUGUCAUACAGCAUCCGGUGGAACAUGUGGCAGAGCAUUUGUUGGCCCUAUGGUCACUUAGAUGACCAUGUGUUUGCUUCCAGUGUGACACAGCACAGUUAAUCCAGUAUAAACCUAUUUUGGGUAGUUGAUGUUUGGAGGAUACGUAAGGGUGACUAGUAGUUUGUAUGGUCCCUGUGGGGGAGCAUAUAGUGAUGGUCCGGUUUGAUAAUACAAACCAGAUAUCUUGUUUUCUUGUAAUAUGUUUGUAAGUCUCGCGCACGUGAUGUCUUUCUAAUGAAACCUAAUUUGUGUGUCUGAACAAUUCGAUUUUAAUGUGAGUCUGUUGGGUUUUGUUAAAUUUCCGCAAUCCCUGUAUACUGAAGGUGGUAACUCCGUGCUAGGAAUAGGGUAAUUACAUGUGAACACACGUUUUUUGAUGCCCAAGUAGUUCCUUAAUUUUGCGAUGUGUUUUUAGCCCCAUGUUAUGGGCUGGUUAAAUGUAUUCGAAAUAAGUGAAUAAACUUGUUGAGUCAUUUGUUUCUUUGAAAGUGGCCCUUUAAGUCAUUUCCUAUCUGGGUUGCAUAAGGGCUUUGGGACAGACAGGAAUGUUCUCUGAUUGUGACUAAUGCAGGGAGUGUCACUGAUAGCGUAUUACUGUGCAAUUUAAGUGGAAUUAUUCUUCCAGUUUGAAAUUCCUGUCUAAAUAAUUUUAGUGGGGCAUUACAACAGAUUUUGCCCAGUUUAGUUUAUUGGUUUUUGGGAAAACUGUUGUACAAUGCUGCUUGUCUCCUUAUGUGCUGAAAGGAUGCUGCGUUACUCGCUCUUCCAGUUUGUGAUUGUUUCUCGUUAAAGCUGCUGUAGAACACCUGUCAUGUGGCAGAGGAACAUUUUGCGCUUGGAUUCUGCCCGUUCCAUUCUCAUCUUCAGGAGGGAUCGACCAAUAUAGAUUUUUUUAGAGCCGAUAAUCUGUGAACUUUCAAGCCGAUAGCCGAUAACUUACCGAUAUUCUGUAUAUUUACCAUUUAAAAAAAAUAAACAAACAAUUUCUACACAAAUCUACUGUUAACUGAGCAUGUUUGUUUGAUUUAUUUUGCAAAUCUUUUUUUAUUAAGGUAAAUGCACAAAAUAUACAUGCCAGUCAGAAUUUGUUUUCAAGAAUGUGUGUGUGUGUAGUGGAUGCAGUGAGAGUAUUUGAUUAGUGAAUGCAGUGUGUGUGUAUAGUGAAUGCAGUGUGUGUGUAUAGUGAAUGCAGUGUGUGUGUGUGUGUAUAGUGAAUGCAGUGUUCUUUUAAUAUUACCCUUAUAACUUUUCUAUAAACUCAGAGGAGAUUAUCCACUUCUCUUGUUGAAACCUCUUCCACAUCUCAAAGGGAAGGAUUUAACCUAGAUUUUAGCCAGAUGCAGUGUAAACCGCUGUGUAUCUUUUAGGGAUGCACCAAAAUUUUGGUUGCUGAAAUUUUUGGCCUAAAAUGGGUCAAAUUUGCAGAUUAAAAAAGAAACUAUGCACUACAAAAAAUUUUUUUAACAGACAUGCUUGCAUUGACUGCACUUGGGACGGGGGAAACCACUAUGGGACAGGAGAGAGGGGAAAGAACACUAUGGGACAGGGGAGGGGGGAGGAAAAAAACACUAUGGGACAGGGGAGGGAGGAAAAAAACACUAUGGGAGGAGGAGGGGAAGGGAAGGGGGGACACACUAUGGGACAGGGGAGGAAAAAAACACUAUGGGGGGGAGGAGAAAAAAAACACUAUGGGACGGGAGGGAAAAAAAACACUAUGGACAGGGGAGGGAGGAAAAGGACAGGGAGGGGGAGGAAAAACGGACAGGGGAGGGGGGAAAACACUAUGGGAUAGGGAGGGAGGAAAAAACACUGGAAAGGACACUAUGGGACAGGGGGUGGAAAGGACACUGUGGGACAGGGAGGGUGGAAAGGACACUGUGGGACAGGGGGGGUGGAAAGGACACUGUGGGACAGGGGAGGGGGGUGGAAAGGACACUGUGGGACAGGGGAGGGGGGUGGAAAGGACACUGUGGGACAGGGGAGGGGGGUGGAAAGGACACUGUGGGACAGGGGAGGGGGGGUGGAAAGGACACUAAAAGAGGAGGGAAGUUUUUAAAAUUAAAUUCAUUAAACAGUCUAAUAUUAAUAAAAUGAUAGAAAAAAAACUAUAUUACUAGCAUUUGGGGGGAAAAGUCAUUUUCGGUUUCGGGCAUCCUGAAUUUCCGGUUUCGGCCCAGAAUUUUCGUUUUGGUGCGUCCCUAGUAUCUUUCCAAAUUCUGUGACAUGGCCACGUGAUUAUUUCCCACUGAGAAGAGGACUCUUCUGGUAGUGAAUGUUAAUUGUGCUGAGCAGCUGGGAGGUGUAAAUUGCAUGUGUUUUAUAUAGCAGGUCUUAUUCAGAAGCAUUCCUCCUUUACUGUGCGGACGUCCUUGUCUUGGAUGCGUCAGUUGAUUGAUAUAUUUUUUUUUUUUAUGAUUUGGACACCUAUAAAUUGUAUACGGUGUGUGUAUUUAAUAGCUUGACAAAAGCCAUGUAGGUCGAAACGUUGCGAUUUGGCAUUCGGUUUAAAUAAAUUGCCUUUUGUUGAAAUCUUGGAGUGCCUGGACCUUUCUACAUUAAGCAUUUGGUUUCCUGGUACUGAGACCUGGUUUGGUUGCACCCAGAUUUAUAUAGAUAAAAGGGGAUGAGUGCACUUCCACAUUGUUGUUUUUGAUGAGAAGUGUUGUCAUCUCAAGCCUAAAUGUGUAAAAAUUGUAUUUCCUGAUAUUGUGCCACCUAAAACAAUACAUUACCUUUUAUGCAAAAUUCACAGAUCUGUUUUAUUUUAUUUUUAUUAUUCAAUCAUUUUUAUUUCGUUUUAUAAAAGCAUUUACAUACAAGGUAUGAUCUUGUAGAACAAUGGUGUGGCAAACCUAGCCACUUCAAACUAUAUUUCCCACUUAAGACUGUAUUUAAGUUUGUGUGAUAUUGUGGCUUUAAGACUACCUGAACUAUCCACGUUCCCUAUUCUAUAUUUUAUGUGAACGAGAGCAUUCACAUGCUGGCGGCACGAAAGCCACCAGCAUUCAUGCAGUAGUUUCACGAACAGUGAAUUUCAACAAUGUUCGUGAAAUGAACAAACUACCGAAUGGGAGACCACACACAGGAGGUCAUUUGGCUCCCAUCAAGGAUCGCAACAAUGUAUCUUUCAGCAGUUAAUAGAUGUUCAGGGUGGCCGCCGUUCGAAUACUGACCACAGCCAUCUUGGAUCCUUUGUUAGCCCAGCGGUAUUUAGUCGGCGAGUGCCUGGAAUUAAAAUCAGCUACUUGACGGCACGAAUACCGCUGGACUUCCAGGCCGUUUGGGAGCCCCGGUCUUUCGGUACUUUAUCUCUGUAUGUUAUUCGUGACUUUGUGAAGAAUGUGUGUUCAAGUGUAUUUCGUGCGGCGUUCGGCUAAUUGUGCUGGGAUCUGAGCGGUACUUUCACGAAGUAUGCGCUCAGACCCCAGCUAUCUGUCGAGCGGUCCUUCGGUAUAAUAGCAUGAAUAAUGUUAAAGUUAUAGAUUUUUAUGUAAAAAGCCAGUUCUGCUGCACGGAGGGAUAAUCCACUUAACUGGGUAUUCUAGUGGGAGUAUCCCUCUCUUACAGCAGUGCAUGGUGGGAGAAAUGUCCUGGUUGUUAAGUUCCCCAUGUAGUCCCCUACUGUACAACCCCUGUAAAGUCAGUAAGGAAACCCCUUGCAUGGGGAACCACAUAAAUACUGUGACCUGUGAUUAAAACCUCAGUUGACUCCCAGCCUAUGUGUCGUCUAGUUCUUGGGAAGGAAGGAUUUAUAUAACGCUACCGGGAUUAUUGUAUGCUGUACUUGUUUUACUUGGAUUAUUAUAUGCUGCUCCUUUCUACCAGCGGAGAUAUUGUGGAUUAUACUGCCUCUCCGCUACAAAUGGCAUUGAAAAACAUAUUUAGAACAAUGGUACAGAAAACCGUUUCAUAGAUUACCUUUGUAGGUAUCUUAACUUUGCCUUAUUGUUUCAAAGACACAUGCGUACAUUUCCGGUUGUGUUAUAAGCAUACAAAUAGUGGUGGCAUGUAACUUUUGAUAGCUAAUACAUUUUUAUAGCGUAUGCAUAUUUUACACCAUUUCUUCCUUUGCAUUCACAAAUAAAACAGUCAACUACCUUGAUUGUAUUGGUAUAUUGUCUACUAUCUAUCAGGCACUGUGGUGUGUGCGUAUCAGAAUUUGAUUAUGGGUUUACAAAACGACAUCUAGGUGAUUUACAUCUUACUUCACUUCCAUCAGAGUCUUCUAGCUACGUCUAUCAGUAAUGCAUUCGGUUGAGCAGAUAUUAUAAGCAUCCCGUAUAAAGGAGUUUCAUGGUCCCCAAAUUUGAGUGAAUUUUUCGUAGUUUUUGGAUGUAGCAUACGUGAUUUCUUUAUUAUUUUUAUCCCUUCCACUCUUUGGAUCCAUUCUCUGAUGGAUGGAGUGGUCACUUGUUUCCAUUUGACUGGGAUUAGCUGGUUUGCUGCCAUGAGUAGGUGAGAGGUCAAAGAUAUUCCCUGUCUCUCUUGUAGGGGUGGGGGUAAGAGAAACCGCAAUACUCUGGUGAGAAGGGUAUCUCUGUUUUCGUGAUUAACUGUAAGUGUGUGUAUGCAUUUCCAGAAUGUAUGUAUCGACGGACAUCACCACCAAAUGUGUGUAGGGUGUGCAUCUGGUUGUUGACAUCUCCAACAGGCGUCCUGGGCACUGUUAUGUAGUUUAUGGAUUUUAGCUGGAGUGUAAUGCCAGUGCGUAAGCCAAUUGUAAUUGCUUUCUUGUGUGGCGAUGCUCCUGGAUGCCUUGUGUGCCAUAAGAAAUAUCUUUUUCAACUGGACUGGUGAGAUAUUAGCUUGUAAUUCAUCCGCCCACUUUACAGUGAAUCUAGGGAGUUCAGAUGAACUUGUCUUUUGUAUUGGCGUAUACAUAGUGGAUAGUAGCUUGUGUUUCAGCGGAUGUGAGGUUCACAGCUGCUCAAAGUGCGUAAGCUCUCGCUCGCCCGUUGGUCAGAGCUUAAAGCUCCUUAUGAAAUGGACAAGCUGUGUGUAUUUUAGUUGGUGCAUGCCCGUAGGAGCUUGUGAAGAAAUGAGAUUGCAAAAUGGUGUUGUUUUAUUUCCCUUCACAAUAUCUUGGAGCUGGAGGUAAGGUUUUUCGUGAUAGUCUGAACACCCUACCCGGUACCCCUGCUUGGAAUAGAGGGUUGUGUGUUAGUGGAUAUAGCGGGGAGGGGUAUGGUGAAAAGGCCCUAUUGCUGCAAUGCUUAUCCACACCCUUAGUGUGGCUGUAAUUGUCGGGUGUUUGUGUUUUAGGAAGGGUAGGCCUGAUUUGUGCCAUAGGAUUGUCAUGAUGGGAGAUUCAAAGAAUGAGGCUUCUAUUAACACCCAUUGUUGCGUCGUAUACUCCCUUGUUCAUUCAUAGACUCUAGUCAGAUGUAUGGCUUUUUGGUACGCGUCAAUAUCUGGGAGUUCCACUCCCCUCUCCUCGCAUGGUUUAAUAAGGAGAGAGUAUGCUAGUCGAGAGUGGGUGUAGGACCACAGAAAGGUCAUGAAAAUUGUCCUGAGCGUAUCAAAAAAAUCUCUUUGGAAGAGCUCUGGGAAUCGUUUGAAGUGCAUAUAAGAUGCAAGGGAGCACAUUCAUUUUUAAGAUAUUAAUUCUACAAAACCAUCUGAAACAUGGCCUGUGCCAUCUUUUCAAAUCCUUUGAUAUGACGGCUACAAUCGGCGCAAAGUUCAAUUCAUAUAAGUGAUCAAUCUUGUGAGGCAAGUGGAUCCCUAGAUAUUUACAGAAACCAUGAACAGGACGUUGUCUGUGAAUGCAGAUAUUUUGUAUUCCACCUUGUUGAUAUUAAAGCUGCGUGAUAUGCCAAAGCAUGAGUUGGCAUUUGAUAUAUGUUAUGAGUUGUUUUUGUAAAUGUUGGGAUAACAUUUAUUGUAGGCUUUGAUCCAGUGCCAGGCCUAAGCCAUAAAAUGUGGCUUAAAAAGAGCUGGACAUAGGGCAUCGUAAAAAAGGUAUUGAUGCGUAUGCUCUGACUUUGCGUUCUUCAAAGGACAACAUAAUUUAAGAAAAUAUGGAGUGGGCAAUAAACUGCCAUGCCAAACCCCUCUGACCCACCCAGGGGUCUGCCCACUGAGAAACAAUUAGUUUUAAGGUUAUAUUGAGGAUCUUGGACUAUCCAGUGAGAGAUUUUCUUUUUAACAACUACUUGGAGAACUUUAACAUCGGAAUCUGCCACAAGAAUUAUAUAUAAGCGGUAAAUAUAUCUAAGGACCUCUUGUGUUUUCUCCUAUUUUAUUUUAUGGACUGUUUUGCAAUUUAUCUGUAUUUCUGUGUUUAAUUUAUUUCUGUAUAUUUGUACACAGCUCUGUGAAUCUUUUUGUCAGAUUAAAUGUUUACAGCUUGUAAUCGGCUUGUGUUUUUGUUCUCUAUGAGCUUCACUCUUCUGAGGAAGGCUCAGGUAAACACAUUACCAAAAGGGUUAAUUAUAUAUGUCUGAUCAGUGAAGUAAGGUUGUGAUACUAUAAUUCUACUGUGUGUGGGGUAACCUAAGAUGCCUGGAUAUAAAGUCUUGGUGGUGGCAGUAAAGUGUGUACUAGCCCACGUUUGUGACCCCGCGCAUCUGCUGAUUGUCUCCAGAGUCCCUGUAGAAAUGGCUCUUAAAUAUAAGGAGGGAGAGAGGGCAUCCCUGCUUUGUGCCAUUGAUGAUCGGUACCGGAUUGGAUAGUUGGCCAUCAACACGCAAUCUAGUAAUGGGUGAUGAGUAGACCAUUAGGUCUGUUUAAAAAAAAAAAAAAAAUUUUUUUUAAAUAAUGUUUGAUUUCAAAAGAGCAGGCAGCGGGGUCAAUAUACUGGAUAGACAGAGCAGGCAGGGUGGCAUGUGGAUGUGGAGGUGAAUCUAGAUACAGUUAGCCCAGUAGAGAUGGUGGGUGAAGGUCUAGAUACUAGAUGUCCAGUAGGGGUGAGGGCCUAGAUACAGUGGAGAUGAUGGGUGGAGGACAAGAUACAGUUAGUCCAGUGGGGAUGGUGGGCGGAGGUGUAGAUACAGUUGGUUCAGUGGGGAUGGUGGUCAGUGGUGUAGAUACAGUUAGUCCAGUGGAGAUUGUGGUCAGGGGUCUAGAUACAGUUAGUCCAGUGGGGAUGGUGGGCGGAGGUGUAGAUACAGUUGGUCCAGUGGAAGUGUUGGGCGGAGGUGUAGAUACAGUUGGUCCAGUGGAAGUGUUGGGCGGAGGUCUAGAUAAAGUUAGUCCAUUGGAGAUGGUUGGCAGUGGUCUAGAUACUGAACGUCCAGUAGGUAUGAGGGCCUAGAUACAGUUAGUCCAGUGGAGAUUGUGGGCAGGGGUCUAGAUACAGUUAGUCCAGUUAGUCUAGAUACAGUUAGUCCACUGGAGAUGGUUGGCAGUGGUUUAGAUACUGAAUGUCCACUAUGUAUGAGGGUCUAGAUAGUCCAGUGGAGAUGUUGGGCGUAAGUCUAGAUACAGUUCAGUGGAGAUGGCGGGCAGGGGUCUAGAUAUAGUUAGUCCAUUGGAGAUAGUGGGCAGGGUUCUAGAUACUGGAUGUCCAGUAGGUAUGAGGGUCUAUAUACAAUUAGUUAAGUGGAGAUUAGGGUGGAGGUCUAGCUACUGGAUGUCGAGUGGGGCGGUAUCUAAAUGCUGUCUUCUACUUUUUUUUGGUGUUUUUUGUUUUGCCAUUUUACACGAAGUUAUGAUUCUACAUGAAAGAUUCUGGUCUCUAAGUAAAAUAGGGGCAAAGUGUUGAUGGCUAGAUAUGCCAGUGUUUGUCCAGUUUUAUUACGUGGUUUAAGCCUUGAAUUCCAGGCAUUAAUUGUCGUUGUUGGUGUCUUGCAGCAUGCCAAUGAGGACGUGGAGCGGAUGCUGCUAGGAAACAAGUGUGACAUGGAGGACAAGCGGGUGGUUCCCAAGGCAAAAGGAGAGCAGGUAAGCACAGGUUCCUCUCGAUGAAAUGCCAUCUCCUGCAGUAACAUGAAUGUAUUCUGCUCAGAGUGGAAAGCUGGUGUGGAUCACUGGAUAUGGAGGGGUUAAUUUUCCUUUUGGCAUAAAGACGUUCAAAGUUUAAAAACCACCCACAUGGUACAGUAUACCUUACACAUUGAAUACAAUACUGAAAUCGCAUUCAGCUUGUGGUACCUUUUUAACGUGAUGCUUUUUUAUGUUUAUGUUAAAGAUUUAGCAGUUGACAUCACACUCCAGUUCAGGCACAGCCAGUCACACAAUGUAUACUCUGACUGCCAGGUGCAAAGGACAGCAGUAACUCACAGGGAGCUAAGAUGGAGGCACCCAGUUGUAGAGGUGUGAAUUUCUAUAUUUCAUUUUAUUUUCCUGUUGUAUAGUAGCAUUACCUUAUUAGUGGGUGUGUGGACUCCAUUGUGGACAAGUCAUUUCUUUCAGAACCUAAAGAAAUGUAAAGGGUAUGUCCCUCCCUUGAUCCCACUUGUAGAGUAGAAUAGACAGAUUUCCACUGUGAUCCCAUAGUUGCUUUCCCUAAGCAGAGCCAGUAGUGGGUAUAACUACAGUAAUACCCAGGUGGACAUCUCUGCAUCCACCGUUUCAGUGAGUGGUAGCUGCUAAGUAACAAUUAAAUCUAUGCAAUAUCACUAUAAUAUAUUUGGAGCAAAGUGUGCUUGGUGAUUUCAUUGUUUGUCUUGGAAUUCAGAGUUUUUCACAGCAGGACAGAUCUGCUGGGAUGUCCUACCCAUUUUCACUCUUUAGUAAGGCUGCCAGAGUGACCAUGACUUUGUUUUCAUUAGUAUUUCGUGCUGGUGGGGAACACAAUAAAAGGGACUCACACUUUUGAGCUUGUUUAUGCCAAGCUUUUUGAGUUAGAUUUUCUACGAGAGAUGUGGACCUUUACACCACUAGUGAUAAUGGUGACUUGUACGAUAGUGAUGAUGACAGAGCUAUGGUGGCCCCGAGAAGGAACAGGGUAAGUAUAGCUCCUUCAUGGGUUACUCCAACAUCCAUGACCAUUUCUGUUUUUAAAAGUGGUCAAGGUGAUAUGAAUCUGUAAAUGCAGUUUGUCUGCUUGAGAUAUUUUGCACUUACACCCUCAGCACACUUAAACAGCCUGGCAAAAAUGACAUCUGUCGCUUGCGUGCUUACGACACGUAAUGAGUUGUGUACCCCCUUGCAGGCAGUGGUGGGAGCACUCUGUUCGAGUAAGAAGCAUUUGAUUGACCACUGAGGGAAAGGAGUGAUGAGGCAUGACGAUGGGUUGAGGAGAGCUUCCUAAAGUGCUGUAGGGGUUAAACGCGUUGCCUCGUUCUUACUUAAUAAAAAGUGAUAGUGGUUUAAAGAGAACUUUUUCAGCAUGAACUGAAUGCAUCCCUAUAAGAAGCACUGCUGCUACAUUGCGAGGAUUGUCACGUAAGCUCACUCUUGGCCUGUUCUUCUCUAUGAAAAGCACGGGAUAAGCCUAGAGACAAUCACUUGUACUGACCAACGGGGGUAACAGAGCUGCAGCGAGGGACUCUGACGGCACUGGAUACGGGGACUUUUAUCAAAGGAAAUAUCUGUAUUGGACUGAUCCUUUAAUAAAGCUAGAUUAUUUGAUUUCUCUUUGGGUAAUUGAUAUUCCGCAGGGCUACAUCUCUCAUUUAGUGCCACACACCAUGUAACACAGAUAUGGGGUGGACUGCUCUCUCUUUAGUACUUUCUUCAUUUCACUCCCUAAAGUACCAGAUUAGGUGAAUUUAGUGUGCUGCACAGCUUGUGGGAUGUGGUACUGCUAACAUGCCUAAAAUGGAGUUUCGGACCCAUGAACAAGGUUUAUUUCACAAAGCAUACAGAAUAUGUUAGAGACGAUUCAUUAAACAGCUCCUCCUGCGCAUGUUCUCUGUAUUAUGAUAAACAUACAAUAUGUCUCCCAGUCAUGUUACAGGCGUCUGGCCCAGCAACAUUCUUCCAUGUUUUGUAUAUUUAUAAACCCUGGCAGCAAGCAGUCCUUAGAAAAAAAACCAGUGAAUGAUUUGAAUAUCCAGACUCCAAGGAGCUCUGUGUUUGUUAAACAAGCAGUAUUAGCAGUAAUAGAACCAGACAGUGUAUGCACUAUAACCACUCAACCUUGAUUUGUGCCAAGCCAUUUUUGUAAAAGGAAAAACGACAAACAUAACAGGGGUCAUUUUCCAAAGCUUGGCCAUGCCGCUGUGUGUCUUCUAGCAGGCACUGCUUAUUUCAGUCAGCCUGAUCCCAACACCUGACUGUUUUGUUCGGGGGUACUUUUACUUUUCUGGAAUUUUAAAUAUUGAAUAAAACCUUAAAAAUGACCUGUCACGGGGGCGUGUCCUGACCGCGCAUGUGAGCGGACGUGCAGGAACGGUGCUCUCCCGACCCGCGGCAAUAAAGCGGCUUCAACAGCGUGGAAAACCCCUAGAAACGAGCGAUAAACCUCUGCACACUCAGGUGAACACCCCUAUCCCUGAUGGCGACCACAAAAUUUAAACAAAAAACCCUCAAUCCCCACUUAGAACGGUCACAAACCGCGGAGCCGAAAAUCCAAGAUGGCGCCGACGGACGGCACUCGCCUGCACACAGCACUGACACAGGAGACUGCCUGUCAGAGCACAGCAAUCCUGCAACAGAUGCCUCAAUCAGGCUAAUUAUGCAGGAGCUCCACACCUCAUUUAAGGCUGACCUCCUUCAGAUGACCGCUGACAUCAAGGCAGACAUACAGAGUAUGGGAGAGCGCACCGCACGCCUGGAAGACAGGGCAGACGAGCUGGUGGAGGCACAUAACACAAUAACAGAGGCCUACACAGACUUGGAGCGCAAACUUAAAUCCUUAGAAGAGAAGGUGGCCGAUCAAGAAGACAGGAGCAGACGGAAUAAUAUCCGUAUAAGGGGUAUACCAGAGGCCAUUUCACAACAAGACCUAUCCAGGUAUGUCAAAGACCUGUUUAAAACUCUGAUCCCCUCUUUGUCUGAAUUCGACUUGAUCCUGGACAGGACCCACAGACUACCGAAACCCAAGCAUCUCCCACCAGACACUGCAAGAGACACGAUCACGAGAGUACACCACUUCACUGUCAAGGACAGAAUUAUGCAGACUUCCAGAACCAUAACCAAAUGGCCAGAAUUGUAUAAAGAUAUCAAGCUGUUCACUGAUCUCUCCUCAGCGACCAUGCUCAAACGCCGAGCCUUCGCACCGAUCACAGAAGCACUGCGUAACGCAGAUAUCUCCUACAAGUGGGGCUUUCCUACGAAGCUACUAAUUAAAAGAAAUGGCGUGGACAAGCCUAUCCUGACUCCAGAAGACGGCAAAAAGGCGCUGCAAGAAUGGAAUAUACCCCUCCUACCUACUAGCCCCAGGAAGAAACAAACACCGGCCCAUGCACCAAAGGCGUUGUCCAAAGACUGGUCACGAAUCCACAGGGCCCCACAGGCACGCAUGGACUCGAACAAGUCACCGACCUGAAUGAUCCGGGGCCAGAGCCGCAUCAUGCCUCCCACUGAAUGAACUGAACGUACAGGUUUAUACUGUUUUGUUAAAUGUUAUAAUGCAAGUUCACCUAAGAUACCCAUUAAGGGUUUAACCAAAGGCCACAGGCCUAGCCGCAACGGGUGAGCAAUACCCGACGGCACUACAUUCGACCCAAGUUAUUGUUGAUACCCUACACAUAGGGAUCCAGUUACCACAUCAGUGUGGUACACCCCCGAGGUUCUAGUAAUCCAACUUUUCCGUUGCUUUAGGCAACCAAAUGUCACCAAACCGUGACUUACGGAAUUUUGUAUAUAGUUUCUCCCCCUGUUCUCCCUAUCUCCUCCACACCACCCCCCCACUGAGAGUACUCCGCAAACUCAGCAUAACUAAUACACACGGUUGCAAACUACCUAGAUCCCCCAGGUAUACAAACCCCACAGGUUUCCUUCGAGACCGCCGAGCUAAAGUAACCAAUAGCUCGAUUAAGAAACACAAACCCCUGCCACAGCAUCCACCACGCUGGAAAGAUGGUGAUUAAGCUCAUGUCCCUAAACGCCAAAGGGCUUAACUCCCCUAAUAAACGGAGGCUAGCCUUGCAAGAGGCGAAAAAAUGUGGGGCACAAGUGGCAUUUUUCCAAGAGACCCAUUUUAAAUGGAACUCUAGACCCAAAUUUACCUCAAAAUGGUACCCUCACGACUUUCAUACAUGUUAUUCAGCGAAGAAAAGAGGAGUCUCCACAAUGAUCAGCAAAGAUGUGGCCUUCUCCUUAGUUAGGAAAAUAUGUGACAAAAAAGGUCGAUAUUUAAUUUUACAAUGUAUGUUGAAUAAUGCACCGUAUACUCUGAUUAAUGUAUAUAGCCCUAACGAAAACCAAAACGAGUUCUUGCAAAUGAUCUUAGCUCUAACUGAUAUGUAUAGACACGGGGAGGUGAUUAUUGGAGGCGACAUGAACUGCCUAUUAGAUAGCAGAUUAGACUCCUCCACCACAGCCCAAAUCAAGAAUUGCACACUCAGACACAGAACCACGUUAACCACAAAAAUAUGCUCCACACUGACUGCAGCUCGCAUGGUAGACCCAGGGCGCAUUCUACAUCCCACAGAUAUAGAUCACACAUGCUAUACAGCAGCCCACAACAGCUAUUCUCGGAUAGAUAGAUUCCUCAUACCCACCACGUUGAUGGCCCAAAUAGAAGGAGCAACAAUUGGGGUAAUGACGUGGUCAGACCAUGCUCCCAUUACACUUAGCAUUACAGAAGCGUUUAACAAUAAAGGAUCUGGCUCCUGGAGACUUAAUGAAUCUCUUUUAGCAGACCCAGCAAUAGUAUCCCAGAUCACGACAGAUCUACAACACUAUAUAGAAGAAAACACGACCGCUGACUCUGCAAUCGAACACAUUUGGCUAGCACAUAAGGCGGUCAUACGAGGCAGUUUUAUAAAACAUGCCAGCUAUGCUAAAAAGCAGAGAAUGGCCGAAUACACCAAUCUCUUGGAAGAAAUCCGAACUCUAACACAUUCAAACAAAAGAGACCCAAAACCAACCACAAAAACAAAACUCUUAGCCCUCCACAACAAACUGAACAACAUUGAGCUAGCCAAAACAACUUACCUACUCAGGAAAUUGAAACACAAUUUCUUUACGAGUGGCAACAAAGCUGGUGCACUAUUGGCAUCACAACUGAAAAAGAGGAAUGUCGCCUCCAGAAUCGCCUUCCUAAACAACCCCAAGGGCAUAAAAGUAACGAACCCCCAAAAUAUUGUAGACCAAUUCGCUCAAUACUACGGCGAAUUAUACAACCUCAACCGGGACCCCAAGGUACACAUACCGACCCCAGACACAAUAGAUGACUUUCUAGCUGCCUUAGAUCUCCCCAAACUGACAGAAGACGACCUAGCACCCCUAACAAGACCCUUCUCUCUAGACGAACUCACGGAAGCCAUCUCUCAACUCCCAGCACACAAAUCACCGGGCCCUGAUGGCUUAACAAAUGAAUACUAUAAAACUUUCUCACCAACCAUAGCACCACUGCUCCUCCAAUUAGUUAACAAAUGCGCUACAACAGGUGCGCUCCCAGAAGAAAUGCUCUUGGCACAUAUCUCCACUCUUCCCAAACCAGGCAAACCCCCUACACAAUGCAAAAACUUCCGGCCUAUAUCCCUCCUAAAUGGAGAUGCCAAGCUAUACGCGAAGCUCCUCAGCAACCGGCUCGCCCCCCUCCUGCAUAAAAUAAUCCACAAUGACCAAUCUGGGUUCAUCAGGGGCCGCCAAGGCUCAGACAACACCAGAAAAAUAUUAAACAUGAUCUCCACACUGGAGUCCAACAGAUCAUCAGGCCUCCUCCUCGCCCUAGACGCGGAGAAGGCCUUUGAUCGUCUAAAUUGGGCCUAUAUGACAAAAGUACUGGCACAAUUUAACUUUCCAGAAUCUACCAUAAAUAGCAUCAUGGCUUUAUACCACCGUCCAGCAGCAAAAGUAUCGCAUGGAGGGUUCCUCUCUACGGCAUUCUCCAUCACCAAUGGCACCCGCCAGGGAUGCCCUUUAUCGCCCCUACUGUACAUACUUGCUCUAGAACCCCUGGCACAAAAGAUCCGAACACACCCCGAGAUACUAGGAGUCAAUAUCCGCAACAAAAUGUACAGCCUAGCUUUGUUUGCCGACGACAUAUUUAUAGCAUUGUCGGAUCCACAAAAUUCUCUGCCCCCCCUGUUGAACCUCCUACAGGAAUUUGGCAAUAUUUCUUACUACCGCCUCAACCAAGACAAAACCCAAGCUCUACCAAUAAACUUGCCCAAACCCUUGUUAGACACACUCCAGACCUCAUACCAGUUCGACUGGAAAUCACACUCCCUCACAUACCUGGGAAUAAAGAUAGCGCCCACGAUUUCUGCCACUUCACAACUAAACUACAAACCUCUAAUUACACUAUGUAAAGCGGAAAUGAACAGAUGGAAACACGCAAAAAUCUCAUGGUUGGGAAGAAUUAACACGUACAAAAUGAUGAUCCUCCCACGUAUCCUUUAUAUCUUUAGGAUGAUACCAUUAGGGAUCACGCCCCAAUUUUGUAAGGCACUACAAAAAUUAUGUAGCGCGUAUAUUUGGAGCGGGAAAAGACCCCGGGUGUCCCUAGCACUCCUUCAGACUGCCCCACGACAUGGAGGAGUGGGUCUCCCAAACCUGAGACAAUACCAUAGAGCAGCGAUCCUCUCCACAGGCAUACUCCUUCAUGCCACACUACAAUGGGUAGACAUGGAAAGAGCACAAUUUGCAAGCAUGUCUCUAACCGACUACCUAUGGACACCAAGGAAGUUUAGAAUUAAGCGCACAGACCUGUUCCCAACCACACAACUUACAAUAUCCAUAUGGGACACCUUUAUGGAGACAAUAGGUCAUAAGGAUACACUACACACAAAAUCUCCACUCUCAGUCCUGAGAACAAUAGUACCUAACAUUCCCCUCAAAGACUGGAAUGCGGCGGGAGUGGCAACAAUAUCACAGCUAUUGGACGCCAAAGGCGUACUACCAUUCCCAAUACUACAAACGAAGUGGCAACUCCCAAACAGGGCUAUCUUUUCCUAUCUACAACUAAAAAGCGUGAUUCAAACACACACACCCCCAAUACAUCCAACGCCAACUGCGACUAGACUCGCCUCCCACUUACUCCUAGACAGAUGUUGGGUGGCACCCACAAAACCCAAAGCACUCACACUAUGUUACAAGGCAUGGCAGGAACUCUCAACACCCACAUCACACCCCUACAAACUCCACUGGGAGACAGACUGCGGGACAGCACUGACAGACUACGACUGGCUACGCGCCCUCAACGGUCUCUCUAAAUGGACCAAGUGCUACACACAUAUCGAGGCCCACAAAAAACUCCUCUACCGUUGGUAUAUGACACCACAGAGACUCCACCGUAUAUACCCCAAUACGCCCAACACUUGCUGGCGGUGCAACGCAACUGCAGGGACCUUGGAACACUUAUGGUGGUCUUGCGGUAGUAUCCAACCACUUUGGACCGCUGUAUCACAGACACUAGACCAACUUCACAUCCCUAAAUUCCAACUGUCAAAAAAAUCAUGCCUCCUGCUCCUACUCCCAACUAACCUCACCCUAAUACAAAAACAGAUUGCAGCCCUUACAAUACUGGCGGCAAGAAACUUGCUAGCACUACAUUGGAAAUCACAGACCUGCCCAUCCUUAGCCCAACUUCAAACCAAACUCACCCAAUACAAAACCUACGAAAGAAUGGCAAUAAUAUCCCCCCAAAAAAAACUGGCAUUCGAUAUGGGUUGGGGGAAUUGGGAGGGGGCGGUGGACAAGGAAGGAGGUAUACCCGGGCCAGACCCUGUUCUCCAAUGAGGGCAAGACUCAUACAGGACAUGAACAAUGCUUAUACCACAUUCUAUCAGUACUCUCCAUCACUCCCCUACUCCCCUUCUUCACCCCGCCCCCUCCUCCGGGCCCUACUGGCCUUUCCCCCCCCCGUCCCCUACCAAGUUUGCACCCUACCACUAGGGCUACCUACUGAUACACCAACAUACUCAUCAAAAUGAGGCAUAACUCCGGUACUUCCUAACCCGCACUCCUGGGACUAACUAGUGCACGAACCAUCAUAGGCUAUACAGCCUACAAUCAUAACUAUGUCGACUGAGCAGACUAUUCAUGCACACAACCAUGGCUACGAGAGGAUUCACUGGUAUAGCUCCCACCCUGAGCCAACCGCAUGGACACUUAGGCGAUAGCGUAUACCACCCAACGAAUUAACAGCCUACACAUGUACUUAAGUUACUAUGACAAACUGCAUGCAUGUACCAAUCCCCCCAUGUACUCACUCAGGUUCCGCAAAUUCUGUGAAUGCGAUGUUUAUGUCAAAUACUGUAACCCUGUAUCCCCCCGCUAACAUACCCUUUUUUCCUUCUGUACCCCUGACCACAUAUUGAAGAUAUAAUAAAAUACAAAUUUGAAAAAAAAAAUGACCUGUCACUUGCUAACCUUUUCGUGAGAUGCUCUGUUUUCUGUAAUUGUAAUGCAGUUCAGACAAAGCACAGCCAGGGGGAAUAUUACAAAUAAGGAGGAGAAAUAGAAAUAUUGUUUAAUUUCUCCUCUCCUCUGUGUGCGGGCUGCCAGUUGUAAUGGACAGAGCCUAUAUCUGCCAAUUAAUUAAUCCUCUAAUAACUGGGACAAAUGCCAGUCCAGUCACACGGUGAACUUUACUUGGUACAAAUAGAUGGACAAUGAAUAAAUUAUACUUAUUAUGAUCUAUCCUCUACAAGAUAGAAAUACACUCCUUCCAAUGGAUAACCAUAACUCAGUAAAUAAUCUAACAUAUGAAAUUAAAUGAUUGUCCAGUUCUCGAGAGGAAUUCCAAGUGGGACAAGCUUAAAAGCACAGACAUAAUGAAUAGAGCCUUAAAUUAAAAUUAAAUUACAUGCAAUCACCCACCCCCCACAAAAAAAGAUGAAUCCCAAUAAUAUGAACUCCAAUGAUCAGUUUCCACUGUCUGGAACAAACAGAAUGCCUCUCUAGGAAUCUGAUGGCUGGCAUCCACUAUCAUCUUUCCAUAGUUCUGUUGGGGCAUCUUUCUUAGGGCUGACCAUUUUGCAAUGGGAGGUCUGUGAUUUUACCCUUAACCCUAUAAUAAUGAUUAGCAGGGAGUUAAGAUGGAGGCAUCCAGUUACAGGUUAAAGAGAUAUGGAUUUCUACAUUAAACUUUAUUUUUCAUAAAUACAUUCGUUAAUUAUAGGGUUAAGUAAAUAGACUGUAAGGCUGUAAGAAAAGUGUGUGCUAUUCUUAGUCUUCAUGUGAUGGACCUCUACAACAUGAAGAGGAGGAGCUGGUUACUGUAUGGACCACUACAACAUGAAGGGGAGGGGCUGCUUACUGUAUGGACCUCUACAACAUGGAGGGGAUGAGCCGCUUACUGUAUGGAUCUACACACCAUGCAGGGGAGGAUCCGCUUACUGUAUGGAUCUACACACCAUGCAGGGGAGGAGCCGCUUACUGUAUGGAUUUACACACCAUGCAGGGGAGGAGCCGCUUACUGUAUGGACCUACACACCAUGCAGGGGAGGAGCUGCUUACUGUAUGGAUCUACACAGCAUGCAGGGGAGGAGCUGCUUACUGUAUGGAUCUACACACCAUGCAGGGGAGGAGCUGCUUACUGUAUGGACCUACACACCAUGCAGGGGAGGAGCUGCUUACUGUAUGGAUCUACACACCAUGCAGGGGAGGAGCUGCUUACUGUAUGGAUCUACACACCAUGCAGGGGAGGAGCCGCUUACUGUAUGGAUCUACACACCAUGCAGGGGAGGAGCUGCUUACUGUAUGGAUCUACACACCAUGCAGGGGAGGAGCCGCUUACUGUAUGGACCUACACACCAUGCAGGGGAAGAGCCGCUUACUGUAUAGACCUACACACCAUGCAGGGGAGGAGCCGCUUACUGUAUGGACCUACACACUGUGCAGGGGAGGAGCCGCUUACUGUAUGGACCUACACACUGUGCAGGGGAGGAGCCGCUUACUGUAUGGACCUACACACCGUGCAGGGGAGGAGCCGCUUACUGUAUGGACCUACACACCGUGCAGGGGAGGAGCCGCUUACUGUAUGGACCUACACACCAUAGGAAAGCAUUGGAUUGGCUGAUAUUGACAAGGAGGUUGGGCAGGGAAUGGGAUUAGACCAGUUAGUAACUCUUCAUAGAGAUGGAUUGAAUCAAUGCAUCUCUAUGAAGAAAGUUGAGUGCCUGCAUGCAGACACUGAAUAUCAGUCACACUGUGCAGCACUGCCCCGGGAAGCACCUCUAGCAGCCAUCUGAGUGGCCAGUGGAGUUAUCGCUAGGCUGCAAUGUAAAUACUGUAUUUUCUCUGAAAAAGACAUGUUUACUGCCAAAAGUCUGCGGUGACAAGAAGCUGUAGUUGUUCUGGUGACUAUAGUGUCCUUGUAAACUGCUGUGGGAUGAGUGAACUUCAAAUCAUUCCCCACCUUCAUGUGCAUGUGGUAUGCAGGCUUAUCAAGCAGGAACAAGGGAAUACAACUUAAAAGGACACUACAGUGUAAUGUACGGUAUGCCACGUCUAUAGCAUGUCCCUGCAAGUAAAUGCUGCCUUUUCAUGCGUGCUGUGACUCAGACGGCCACAAGAAAUAAUUCCUAUUUCAGUGCUGCACCUACGUUCGUCUCCGCGCUCUGCAUGGAUUCGCUGAACGCUCCCGGUAGAGAUACAUUGGUUCAUUGCCUCUCUAUGGGGAAACAUUGGAUUGGCAGAGAGUCCAGAUUGAUCUCAGAGGCUGGAAACCUAAAUAGGUCAUCGUAACGGAUCACCUGGGUACCUCCGUUGAAGGAUGCUCCUAGCGCUUCCUGAGGACUCCAAGCACUGCAGCAGACACCACAACCACCGAACCGGAGAAGCAUACAAAUACUCUCAAGCCUAUGAAUGCUGUAAGCAGCUGAACAGGAAAAGCAUACAAUCAGUUUACACUCCUGGCAAUCGGCAUACAAUCCAAUUCUCCCAAUAAUGAGACGACACUUCGUUUUGAGGUCAAGCAGAACUGACUGUACUGGCACAUACAGCCUCUUUUAUUCACAAUCCACAAACAUAGUACUGCCCACAGGGUUUUGAAAUACAACCAAUCAAUCCAUACAAUACACACAGACACUCCCACACAAAAUCCUCCCCUCUGACUGUGAUAUGAUUACUGAACACAAUGGUUAAUCUAAUUAUCACAGGCAGAGAAAUACAGUAUUAUAAAACAUAUCACAGGGACCCCAAAACAUGCAAUAAUCCCAUAAAAAGUAUAUCCUCGGAAUGUGUCCCCUGUUGUAUAGUUUAAAACUACUGAACGAUGUUUUUGUGCACCAAAUACUGGCGAGAUGGCACCGUGUAGAAAAGUCCAAACAGUGUCUGUGAGUUAAAUUGGCUGCCAUCCAUUGUUCUCACCAUGUGCUUCAUCCAUUGUUCUCACCAUGCGCCUCUGAUACAUGAAAUGGUGGCCACCCAGUAACUCCACAGUAUGUCCCCAGAUGGUUCUUAAAGGGCCAGCAGCAGCAUAAUAAAAUACAAUAUGCCCAAAUACUGUAUUUAAAGGGCCAAAUCUCCCAGGGGCCAUAGUCAGCAGGCAGGAGGCGGGCAAACAGGCUUCUCCAAUGCCCAGUGGUGAGGUUGGUUUCGCCACAGUAAUACUUUAGGAAAAGUAUAUUUAAAUAGGAAAAAUUCAACAGGAAAUCUUCAAUAAACCAUGGAGAGGGCAGAUUAUUUUUUAGAUUGGCCUUACAUGACUGGCUAUAUAUAUCUUUUUAUUGAACUGGUACAAUACGAUGAGAAAAUAAAAAUAAUUCCUUUCAAUUUGAUUCUCACCUUUCUAAUUUUCCUUCAAAUACAUUCCCUACGUCAUUUCCGCUAUCUUCCAACUUAUCCCAUGUCUCCCUGACAUCCUCAUUCCACAUCUUGCUCUCCAUGUCUUAUUCUAUCUCCCUCUUUCAUACACCACUCCACGUGACUCCUUUAUUUCCUCAUCUCAGAUUCCUUUAUGAUCUCUCCCUCACCCCCUGAUUUCAUCUUCUGCUCCCCUCUUUCUCUUGUUUGGUUUUCCAUCUCUUCCUGUAGUAACUCGCUAUUUUCCCACUCUUCCCUUUUCUUUGUGCACGCUGGCUUCCAGCUGGGACUACCUUACCUUAGAUGGAUUCUGUCCACCGUUUCCGCACUUGGUAUCACUGUUCCCUGGCUGUUUGUGUAACGUGUGUGCUUUCCUUCCACAGAUUGCCCGGGAGCAUGGAAUUAGGUUUUUUGAGACUAGCGCAAAAGCAAACGUAAACAUUGAGAAGGCAUUCCUCACGUUAGCGGAAGAUAUACUUCGAAAGGUAUGAAUAAUGCUGUUAAACAGCAGCUUGGAAGUCUGAAUGGUUUGUUCCACUCUGAUACAGAUCCUAAGAAAGCUUUGAAAGGGAAGCAGUCACCAUGGAAACUCAGAAUGACUAUUUUACAGACAUGCUUUGUAUAUUUAUUACCAGGUGAUCCGCUACAUAUUCUGUGCCCUGCACAAAGUAGAAUUACCUGAUGCCCACCCUUUAUCCCAAAUGCAAACUGGGUGUUAAUUCCAGCUGUAUGGGUAAUCUGCAUAUUAAUUGCUAUGUUGCUAGUGUAAUAUGCUGACAGUGUACUAAUUAUAGGUAGUGUAUAGUGAGGUUAUAGAGAGCUGCAGGAGGAGCUGACACAUGGUAAUCUAGCAUAGGUAGUGUAUAGUAAAGCUGUGAGGAGCUGACACUAGGUAAUAUACUAGCAUAGGUAGUGUAUAGUGAGGCUGUGAGGAGCUGACAUUGGGUAAUAUACUAGCAUAGGUAGUGUAUAGUGAGGCUGUGAGGAGCUGACAUUAGGUAAUAUACUAGCAUAGGUAGUGUAUAGUGAGGCUGUGAGGAGCUGACACUAGGUAACAUACCCAGAGGUAGUGUAUAGUGAGGCUGUGAGGAGCUGACACUAGGUAAUAUACCCAGAGGUAUUGUGAGGCUGUGAGGAGCUGACACUAGGUAACAUACCCAGAGGUAGUGUAUAGUGAGGCUGUGAGGAGCUGACACUAGGUAAUAUACCCAGAGGUAGUGUAUAGUGAGGCUAUGGAGAGCUGACACUAGGUAAUAUACCCAGAGGUAGUGUAUAGUGAGGCUAUGGAGAGCUGACACUAGGUAAUAUACCCAGAUGUAGUGUAUUGUGAGGAGCUGACACUAGGUAAUAUACUAGCAUAGGUAGUGUAUAGUGAGGCUGUGAGGAGCUGACACUAGGUAAUAUACUAGCAUAGGUAGUGUAUAGUGAGGCUGUGAGGAGCUGACACUAGGUAACAUACCCAGAGGUAGUGUAUAGUGAGGCUGUGAGGAGCUGACACUAGGUAAUAUACCCAGAGGUAGUGUAUAGUGAGGCUAUGGAGAGCUGACACUAGGUAAUAUACCCAGAGGUAGUGUAUAGUGAGGCUGUGAGGAGCUGACACUAGGUAAUAUACCCAGAGGUAGUGUAUAGUGAGGCUGUGAGGAGCUGACACUAGGUAAUAUACCCAGAGGUAGUGUAUAGUGAGGCUGUGAGGAGCUGACACUAGGUAAUAUACCCAGAGGUAGUGUAUAGUGAGGCUGUGAGGAGCUGACACUAGGUAAUAUACCCAGAGGUAGUGUAUAGUGAGGCUAUGGAGAGCUGACACUAGGUAAUAUACCCAGAGGUAGUGUAUAGUGAGGCUGUGAGGAGCUGACACUAGGUAAUAUACCCAGAGGUAGUGUAUAGUGAGGCUGUGAGGAGCUGACACUAGGUAACAUACCCAGAGGGUAGUGUAUAGUGAGGCUGUGAGGAGCUGACACUAGGUAAUAUACCCAGAGGUAGUGUAUAGUGAGGCUGUGAGGAGCUGACACUAGGUAAUAUACCCAGAGGUAGUGUAUAGUGAGGCUGUGAGGAGCUGACACUAGGUAAUAUACCCAGAGGUAGUGUAUAGUGAGGCUGUGAGGAGCUGACACUAGGUAACAUACCCAGAGGGUAGUGUAUAGUGAGGCUGUGAGGAGCUGACACUAGGUAACAUACCCAGAGGUAGUGUAUAGUGAGGCUGUGAGGAGCUGACACUAGGUAAUAUACCCAGAGGUAGUGUAUAGUGAGGCUGUGAGGAGCUGACACUAGGUAAUAUACCCAGAGGUAGUGUAUAGUGAGGCUGUGAGGAGCUGACACUAGGUAAUAUACCCAGAGGUAGUGUAUAGUGAGGCUGUGAGGAGCUGACACUAGGUAAUAUACCCAGAGGUAGUGUAUAGUGAGGCUGUGAGGAGCUGACACUAGGUAAUAUACCCAGAGGUAGUGUAUAGUGAGGCUGUGAGGAGCUGACACUAGUAAUAUAUCCAGAGGUAGUGUAUAGUGAGGCUGUGAGGAGCUGACACUAGGUAAUAUACCCAGAGGUACUGUAUUGUGAGGCUGUGAGGAGCUGACACUAGGUAACAUACCCAGAGGUAGUGUAUAGUGAGGCUAUGGAGAGCUGACACCAGGUAAUAUACCCAGAGGCAGUGUAUAGUGAGGCUGUGAGGAGCUGACACUAGGUAACAUACCCAGAGGGUAGUGUAUAGGCUGUGAGGACCUGACACUAGGUAAUAUACCCAGAGGUAGUGUAUAGUGAGGCUGUGAGAAGCUGACACUAGGUAAUAUACCCAGAGGUAGUGUAUAGUGAGGCUGUGAGGAGCUGACACUAGGUAACAUACCCAGAGGUAGUGUAUAGUGAGGAUGUGAGGAGCUGACACUAGGUAACAUACCCAGAGGUAGUGUAUAGUGAGGCUGUGAGGAGCUGACACUAGGUAACAUACCCAGAGGUAGUGUAUAGUGAGGCUAUGGAGAGCUGACACUAGGUAACAUACCCAUAGGGUAGUGUAUAGUGAGGCUGUGAGGAGCGGACACUAGGUAACAUACCCAGAGAUAGUGUAUAGAGGUUAUGGAGAGCUCAGUGUAGAAAAGAUGGCAGGUUCAGGUUACUCCAGAUAAUGGUGGGAAAUGGCCCUAUACACUUGGAUGCUGCAAAAGAACACAAACUGCUGUUUAAACCAGGUGAGGGAUGUAGUUUUGAGGCCAAGUGAUCAGUUUGGACUGUGGAAACGAGCAUUGUUUCUUUGGAAGUCUUGAAAUUUCUGAUAAUAUUGCGUUUUUGAUUAGGUAUAAGCCCUCUCUAACCGGCAUUGCCAUGUUCUGUUGUGUGUUGCAGACUCCAGUUAAAGAACCAAACAGUGAAAAUGUAGAUAUCAGCAGCGGCAGUGGCGUCACGGGCUGGAAGAGCAAAUGUUGUUGA